GGGUGUGCGCGCGCCAGUAAAAGGAAGCAGAGCCUGUAAACGGUGAACUCGCUGCCUCUCUUUUUUUUCCACCCCUCGAAACAACUCACAGCGCCGUGUUACUUUUCAUGUGGACGCUAUCAUCGACUGCAACAACAACGCGGCCAGAAGGGAAUACGAGAUUUUCCGGAGAGGGGGGGACAAGGGGGGGGGGCUACCGGUUAACGUUAUUGUGCCUUUUUCGCUUGGAUAUUUCCGACGCGAACGGUAGAAAAAUCCGUAAAAGUGAAACCGUCUUUUGUUGAAGCAAGUGCUCGUGCGAGCCCCCUCCGUGCGGGUUGUGUGUGUGUAUGUGUGUGUGGAGGGGGGGUUAAAAUAUAGAAAGGACAAGCAGAAGAAGAGCCCGUGCGGGUCCCGGGUCAUGGAUUUGGAGCAUGCUUAAGUUGCGUUGGUCAACUCGGGGGAGGAUCACGUUUUGAACUGGUUCGCAGAGGUCUCUGGGACUCCCAAAAAGCACCAGACUGGCGGCUUUUCUGAAACACUGGGGUUGUUGGUGUGGCCAAAUUUUCCCUGGAUUUGACUGGUAAAUUCAGAAGACUGAAGCCCAGGCUCACAGUCUACCUUUCACGGAGGCCCAGCCGUGAGAGGACUGAGGAAGGCACGUGGCGGAUCAUGACGGCCGACAAAGAGAAGGAGAGGGAGAAAGAGCGGGACAGGGACAGAGACCGGGAUCGGGACAAGAGAGAGUCCGGUAAGUCCCGCCGGCAGGACGGCGACCGCGAGAGCGAGAGCUCCAGGCCCCGGCGCAGCUGUACGCUGGAGGGCGGGGCCAAGAACUAUGCAGAGAGCGAACACAGCGAGGACGAGGACAACGAUAACGGCAGCACGGGCGGAGGGAGCGGCACGGCCGAGGAGGGCGGCAAGAAGGGCAAGAAGAAGACGCCCAAGAAGAAGUCUCGCUACGAGCGCACGGAGAACGGAGAGAUCACGUCCUUCAUCACAGAAGACGACGUUGUUUACAGACCAGGAGAUUGUGUCUACAUCGAAAGCCGGCGGCCCAACACUCCCUACUUCAUAUGUAGCAUUCAGGAUUUCAAGCUGAGUAAACGGGACCAUCUGCUGAUGAAUGUGAAGUGGUACUACCGCCAGUCCGAGGUGCCCGACUCGGUCUACCAGCACCUGGUGCAGGAUCGCAACAAUGAGAACGACUCGGGCCGGGAGCUGGUCAUCACAGACCCGGUGGUCAGAAGUCGAGAGCUCUUCAUCUCCGACUACGUGGACACUUACCAUGCUGCUGCUCUCAGGGGGAAAUGCAACAUUUCCCAUUUCUCUGACAUAUUUGCUGCCAGGGAGUUCAAAGCCCGCGUCGACUCCUUUUUCUACAUCCUGGGAUAUAACCCCGAGACCAGGCGACUAAACAGCACACAAGGGGAAAUCCGAGUGGGACCCAGUCACCAAGCCAAGCUCCCCGAGCUGCAGCCUUUCCCUUCUCCUGGUGGCCAGGCCGUGACGGAGAACGAGGAGCUGGUCUGGAUGCCGGGGGUCAAUGACUGUGAUCUUCUCAUGUACCUCAGAGCCGCAAGGAGCAUGGCUGCCUUUGCAGGGAUGUGCGACGGAGGCUCAACAGAAGACGGAUGUUUAGCAGCCUCUCGAGACGACACUACAUUAAACGCACUUAACACUCUUCACGAGAGCAGCUACGAUGCAGGAAAAGCUCUCCAGCGUCUGGUGAAGAAGCCUGUACCCAAACUGAUAGAGAAGUGCUGGUCUGAGGAUGAAGUGAAGCGCUUCAUUAAAGGGUUGAGACAGUUCGGCAAAAACUUCUUCAGGAUCCGAAAGGAGCUGCUGCCCAACAAAGAAACGGGAGAACUCAUCACCUUCUACUACUAUUGGAAGAAGACCCCCGAGGCAGCCAGUUGUCGAGCUCACCGCAGACACCGCCGCCAGCCCGUCUUCCGUCGCAUCAAGACGAGAACCGCUUCGACUCCGGUCAACACCCCCUCACGCCCCCCCUCCAGCGAGUUCUUGGACCUCAGCUCGGCCAGUGAAGAUGACUUUGACAGUGAGGACAGCGAACAGGAGCUGAAGGGCUACGCCUGCCGCCACUGUUUCACUACCACCUCCAAGGACUGGCACCACGGGGGUCGGGAGAACAUCUUGCUGUGCACAGACUGCCGCAUUCACUUCAAGAAGUACGGUGAGCUGCCCCCCAUUGAGAAGCCUGUGGACCCGCCGCCAUUUAUGUUCAAACCUGUCAAAGAGGAAGAGGAUGGACUCAGCGGGAAGCAUAGCAUGAGGACCCGACGGAACAGAGGCUCGAUGUCGACGCUACGUAGUGGUCGUAAGAAGCAGACAACCAGUCCCGAUGGCAGAACCUCGCCUACAAACGAGGACCUGCGCUCUAGCGGACGCACCUCUCCCAGCGCGGCGAGCACCGACAGCACAGACAGCAAGACAGACUCCAUGAAGAAGCCCAGCAAGAAGAUUAAGGAGGAGGCUCCUUCACCUAUGAAGAGUGCCAAACGGCCUCGAGAGAAGGGAGCCUCAGACACAGAGGAGCCUGAGAGGGCCGGCGUCAAAAAGUCCAAGACACAAGAGCUGAGUCGUCCAGACUCGCCCUCAGAAUGCGAGGGUGAAGGCGAGGGCGAGAGCUCGGAUGGGCGCAGCAUCAACGAGGAGCUCAGUAGCGAUCCUAAAGACAUUGACCAGGACAACCGGAGCUCCUCCCCGAGCAUCCCCAGCCCCCGCGACAACGAGAGCGACUCUGACUCGUCUGCCCAGCAGCAGCAGCUCUUGCAGAGCCAGCACCCCGCAGUCAUCCAGUGUCAGCCGGGCACAUCCUCCGCUUCCUCUGCACCGCCUCCGCCUACAGCCUCGGCCCCCUCACUGCCCCCACAGGUUUCCCCCAUAGCGGCCUCCACCUCUCUACCUCCCCUGCCUAUGCCCCAGGCCAGCCCUAUGUCUCUUAUCCAGUCGGGCCCAUCCCUCCACCCUCAAAGGCUGCCCUCUCCACAUUCUCCUUUAACUCAGGCUCCGCCUCCUGGACUCCCCAUACCACCUCAAUCGUUACCGAGCUCGCAUCAUGGGCCCAUGCCGAUGCCUCCCAUGCCACAUCCCCUUCAGCCCGGCCCCUCGCACAUGCCUCACCCUCUCUCCUUGCCCCUCCAGGGCUUCCCAAUGGGUCAGUCUCAGGUCCCAACCCUGCCAAUCUGUGGCCAGUCACAGCAAAGGCCGCACACUCCUCCUUCCCAAUCCCAGUCAUCUGCUCAGAGUGGCCAGCCUCCCAGAGAGCAGCCCCUUCCCCCCGCCCCGAUGUCCAUGCCUAUGCCUCACAUAAAGCCCCCGCCAACCACACCUAUCCCUCAGAUGCCCAACCCGCAGUCCCACAAACACCCGCCCCACGCGUCGGCACCUCCGUUUCCUCAGAUGCCUUCAAACCUGCCGCCGCCACCCGCACUCAAGCCCCUCAGCUCUUUAUCCACACACCAUCCUCCACCAGCACACCCGCCUCCCCUACAGCUCAUGCCUCAGGGGCAACAGCUACAGCCCCCACCAGCACAACCUCCAGUUCUCACUCAGUCACAGAGCCUCCCACCGUCAGCCAGCCACCAACCUCCUCCAGCUCCUCCUCUGCCACCCUCCGCAGCAGCCGCACACUCGAGUGGGCCACCGCAGCCAACGUUCUUGUCUCAUCCUUUCAGCACAGUUCUACCUCCAACUGGCCCUCCCCCAUCCUCAUCAAACUCUAUGCCUGGCAUUCAGCCUCCACCCUCCUCCGCCCCGCCGUCCUCCAUCUCCAUGCCACUGCCUGCCUCCGUCACUUGUGCCGGUCCGGUACUCCCACCCGUACAGAUCAAAGAGGAGCCUUUGGACGAGUUAGAAGAGCCAGAGAGUCCUCCACCCCCUCAGAGGAGCCCCUCCCCGGAGCCCACAGUCAUCAAUACGCCCACCCAUGCCAGCCACGCCAGCCAGUCUGCACGGUUCUACAAGCACCUGGACCGGGGUUACAACUCUUGUGCUAGGACAGAUUUCUACUUCACUCCUCUGGCUUCAUCGAAACUGGCCAAGAAGCGAGAGGAAGCUCUGGAGAAAGCCAAGAGGGAAGCAGAGCAGAAACUGAGAGAAGAGAAGGAGAGAGAGAGGGAAAGGGAAAAAGAGCGGGAACGAGAGCGGGAGCGAGAAAAAGAAGCAGAGCGGGCGGCGAAAGCCUCCAGUUCAUCCCACGAGAGCCGGAUGUGUGACCCUCAGAUGGCUGGCCACUCCCACAUGCGUUCACCGUAUGACCCGCCCACCACUAUCGCAGCAGUGCCUCCGUACAUCGGGCCCGACACGCCGGCCCUACGCACCCUCAGCGAGUACGCCCGACCCCACGUCAUGUCCCCCACCAAUCGAAACCACCCUUUCUUUGUGUCGCUCAACCCUGGCGACCCGCUGCUGGCCUAUCACAUGCCCGGCUUGUACAACGCCGACCCAGGCAUGCGCGAGCGCGAGCUACGAGAGCGGGAGAUGCGUGAGAGGGAGAUUCGCGAAAGGGAGCUGAGGGAACGGAUGAAACCUGGUUUUGAGGUUAAGCCUCCAGAGAUGGACUCUCUCCACCCCUCCACAAACCCCAUGGAGCACUUUGCCCGGCACGGGGCCAUCACGUUACCCCCCAUGGCCGGGCAUCACCCCUUCGCCUCUUUCCAUCCGGGCCUGAACCCAUUAGAGCGCGAGCGGCUGGCCCUUGCUGCCGGGCCCCAGCUGCGGGCAGAAAUGAGCUACCCAGAGAGGUUGGCUGCAGAGCGGCUCCACGCAGAGAGGAUGGCCACGGUGGCCAACGACCCCAUCGCCCGUCUACAGAUGUUCAAUGUCACGCCACACCACCACCAGCACUCGCAUAUUCACUCCCACCUCCACCUCCACCAGCAAGACCCUCUUCACCAAGGUGGCGGUGAAUGUCUUGUGUGUCCUCCAGGCUCUGGGGGCCAUCCCCUGGCAAUGGAUCCCCUGGGAGGAGGACCUCAUCUGGCUCGCUUCCCUUACCCGCACGGCGCCAUCCCCAACGCUCUCCUCGGCCAGAAUCCACACGAGCACGAGAUGCUGCGCCACCCAGUUUUCGGUACUCCGUACCCGCGAGAGCUGCAGGGAGGUCUACCCCCGCCCAUGUCUGCCGCCCACCAGCUGCAGGCCAUGCAUGCCCAGUCUGCUGAGCUUCAGAGGCUGGCCAUGGAGCAGCAGUGGCUCCACGGACACCAUCACAUGCACGGAGGACCAUUGCCGGGUCAGGAGGACUACUACAGCCGGCUGAAGAAGGAAAGUGACAAGCAGCUGUAACCAGCCAAGGAAGGCCGCGACUUGACGGGUGCAGGACACAGGAAGUUGUUAGAGUUUUGAAGUCUUGAAGAACGGAAAAUGCCAAGUGGAUCGUCUGAGAAUUCUUCUGAUUUUUGUUUUUUGUUCCUGUCGAGGACAUUUUUUGAUUAUUAUUUUUUCAAGACAUAGACUUUCUUUGGUAUAUAGCCAGUAGUGACAACGUCCUCAAGACUCGUGCAUGACAAGCUUCCCUGACAUUUCUGUGUAGGUGCUAGAACAAGACACUGUGCUUAACAACAAAAAAAGACAAGACCGGUCAAGCCGUUUUAUGGAAAAAUAACAAGUGCUAUCUUAAACUCAACAUUUAUUUUAAUACAUUGUUGGAGGUUUUUCAUAAUUUUAAGAAAAAGCUACAGCAUGGCGUUUUUUGAGUCUGUAAAUAGUAUAUAUAAACAUAUAAUUAUUAUUAUAAUUAUUAUUAUUACUAGGUGUGGACUCCGAACCAAGUCGUUUCGACCUCCAAUAUAAUUGUUUUGAAGCAUUAUCCCUUGUUUCAGAGGGGAGCACCAUGGCAUUAUAUGAGCAGUUCCUGAGAGUCGUGGUUCAGUUGUAACGUUCCUCUGACGUCACUGUGUUAGAUUUAGUCCCACAUCAACUGUGUAAACCAUAACCCUGUCACACCCACAGCCAUCCGUCACACACCUGGGACAGGUCGUAAUGAUUUGAAACACUUGAAGAGGUGUCUGGUGAGUGCCCGCUGAAGCCAUGGAUUCAAAAGAAAACCCAAGUUUGCACUGAGAGAGUUUAUUUAAACUCCACUCGAUUGCUUUUAUCCUUUCACUUCAAAUCAAUGCUUCACACAUCAUAACUUUUUGUUUCUAUAGAGGAUGAUUUUGAUUAUGAUUUUAAACAUGUGGCUGAGCUGAAGUUGACAUUAUGCAUUUCUUCUCACAUACAUACAAGGACCUGGAUUUUAACUUGUUUCACUGUAUUAGGAGGCCAUCAGGACUUAAGGAUUGUUUUAAAUGUGUUUUAGAUGAAUGCUUGGGACUCGGUGCUAGUUGUGUUGUGGUCGUCCCCUUUUCUUCACCUGGAGCAGUCACCAAAUGUUUGUUGCAGGGCUCGUGUCUGAGCGAGUCAUCCUGCGAGUGGGCUGUAAUAAUGUCCACUGUGACACCAGAGGGGGGGUCUGCCGACACGUGAUGACCAAGAGGUAGAGGGUCGACCAUGGGUGUGAGCGUUUGUGUGUUUUCCUCACUAUGUUUUUGUAAGCCUUGGUUCUUUGGGGAGACGCACACACUCUUGGGCCUCAGGAGCGGUGUGUUUGUGUGUCUGUGUGUGUGUGUGUGUGUGUGUGUGUGUGUGUGCGCGCCACUGUUACAAGUUGUGUUGACCUGUCAUACCAGUGCACACAAGCCCACGAGUUGUUUUUUUUUUUUACUCUUGCCACGAUGAGUUCUGCUUUUGUUCCAAUACACUAAGACUGUUUGACCUUCAUGGACAUUAAACCCUACUUGCAUUUAAAAGUGACCAUAUCUUCAUAUCUUGGAGCACUAUAAAUUACAUUUGAACACAUCAAAAAUAGUCUUUGACAAGAACCCGUCAUUUUGUCUUGCCAUCUCCCACCUCCUGUCUCUCUCCUGACGACGUACUUCUCACAUCUUUGCCUCGUUUUUCUGACGAUUUCCUUGCCUUUUACUCCCUCUUUUUGUGUCUCCAGAACCUUUGAUGUUAAGUGUUGUCAAUGGUUUAGCUUCUUGUUUCAAAGCGGCAAUAGCAGAAUGUAGAUUCUGACUGCUAAGAUUUAUAUAUAUACUGGUAUCUUGAAGCUUAUUGUAUAUAUGAGUAGUCGCCAUGGGGAUGACACAAUGUAAACAAAAAGUAGAAAUAAGAAAAAUUGUGAGUCCUGUGUUCUCUCCAUUUGAGUAUUUUGUAAUUUUUUUGAAAAAUUUGUGGAAUUAAAAUAAACGACUAAGUUACACCACAAGAAA